UAUCAAUCUUGGAUCUGGAAUUCACGAGCUUCUGAGCAAGUCUUGAAAUCUGCUCCGCGACCACAAGCACAGACAUUUACACAAAGAGACUCAAUAGUCGAGCAAAGCGGCACCAACGAGCACGACUUAGCGAACAUCGCCGGGACCGCAUCGCAUCAUCCUCGCACCUCUUCGCGCUUUUGUGUCACUGCACAAGUGUGUUGCUUUGGGAGCCCCAGCGCGACAGAUCAUGAGCUUGCGGUGCUGCGCUACUCAAUCAGCGGCGAGAGAGGCGUCAGGUCGAUUGUCGCAUCUUGCGCGCUUGCGGCAGACAGGAUGCAGAGCUCUACGCACCAUCGCUUGUAGCUGCGCGAUCUGUGCGACGUCCUCCCGUCUGCGGAAGCUCCAACUCUGUUCAUCGCCCGAUGCCCGCGCUCGAAGCUCGUCUCCUCGAAUUUCACUUCGGAGACAAUCAAGUUUUCCCGCCGGUAACGACCCCUCGAGGCAGAUCGUGGUCAUAGGCGGGGGUAUUAGCGGACUGACCGCAGCCUUGUAUCUUGCUAGAGGCUUGCCUGAGCAUCGCAUCGUGCUGCUGGAAGCUACAAGCAGACUAGGCGGCUGGAUCGAUAGCACGAGAGUUGAUAUUGGCCACGUCGGUAACAAUGAACGAUCUAAAGGGCAGGAAACGGCGCUGUUGGAGGCCGGACCUCGAAGCAUCAGACCAAGCGGAGCCCCGGGCUUGGCCAUGCUGGGCUUGCUCAAAUCGCUAUCUCUCAUACCACGGCUACUGCUGGUGCCGAAGACAGCUCCUUCUGCGCAGAAUCGCUUCAUCUAUUACCCAAAUGCCCUUCAACGUCUCCCAUCUAAUUUGCUCUCCCUGCCCAAGGCUUUCUUCUUACCUUCUCUCAAAGGCAUCCUAAAAGGAGCUUGGCACGACUUUCGCACUCCUUCACGAUUCGCUCGUCCAAAAUCGGAAUCAGCGCUGGAGAAGGAGAGGCAACGUGCUCGGGAACAAGACGCAGAUGAGAGCAUCUCGACCUUUAUCGUCCGAAGAAUGGGAAAGAGCGGAGAGUUGUUGAGAGACAGACUGUUCUCGGCUGUGCUGCAUGGCAUCUAUGCUGGCAGUCCUCAUGUCUUGUCCGUUAGAUCUACACUAGGAGCGCUGUGGAAAGCCGAACAACGCCAUGGCUCACCUGUGAGAGCAGCUUUGCCGUCCUGGCUCAACAAAGGCAAGAGACAAUUGACUUCGCAAGAGAAGGCGGCGGAUGAAGCUGCUGCGAAAGAGGUGUCGCGAUAUGAGAAAGAGCUCGGAGAUGUGAUUGUUGGCCGCAUGAAAGGCAUCAGUGUCUACUCGCUGCCGGAAGGUGUUGGAGAAAUCACGCAGGCGAUCGUCGACGAGCUUGAACGAAUGCCGAAUGCGCAGUUUGCCCUGAAUGCACCAGUCACAAACAUCGUGGGGCGAGAAGCCCGCAGCCUGAAGCUCUCAACUCCACACUCUACGUAUUCCGCGUCUCGCAUUGUCGCAGCACAGCCGUCAGCAUCGCUCGACCGAUCAACUUCGACCUCCCUUCCCUGGCUUUCCCACAACCCAGGCGCAAACGUAGGGGUGGUCAACGUCAUCUUUCCAUCAUCAUUAGCAUCGCAUUUCGUUUCGGGCGCCAAAGACAGGCUUUUGCCAGUCGAAGGAUUCGGCUACCUGAUACCUACAGCGACCGAGAACGUGGAUGGCGUUCUAGGAGUGGUGUUCGACUCAGAUUCCCUACCAGAUCAAGACGUCGCGGCGCAUGCGUCGACGGGUCAGACCCCCACAAAGCUUACGGUGAUGAUAGGUGGGCCUCACUGGACUUCUAAGAGGGAACACAGCUUCCCAAAGGAGCAAGAAUUGGUGGACAUUGCAAAGAGGGCCCUGAACUCCCAUUUGGGACUCUCCAAAGACCUCUUGGAAGAUCGCAGUGCCGUCUAUCGGGCCAAGUUGCAGCUCAAGUGCAUCCCCCACUACGCCGUUGGCCACAUAGCCAGGAUGCGAGACCUGGACGACAAGCUUCGGGCGCAUCCUGACUUUGGAAAUGGUAGGCUGGUGCUGGCAGGAGCAAGCUACACGGGAGUCAGCCUGAACGACUGCGUGCUGCAUGCUAGAAGAUUGGCGGACCGCAUCAUCGCUGAGGAGCGCGCCGGGUCGGUCUCGGGCGGGAGCAGGAGCAUCACGGGGCUGGAGAGUUUUGUUGAGGAUAGAACAUUUGCCUUGCAGAGCGGUGCGAUCAAUUUGAAUGGUUGAUGUUCCUGCCGUACUUAGUCUGCGUGCGCGAUACUCGUCUGCCACAGCGACUGUGCCUGGACAGCUCGGACGUCGCUACAAGGCUGCAUCUUGACCGUCUGAGCGCAUCAGACGAAACUCAGGUGAUGAUCAGAUCGAUGUCUGCACUUUCUCUGUCAAGAGUCGAUCAUCUUUCCGAAGGCGUCGUUGCAAUUGGAAAUUCGUCAAACAGGAACGCGAGGUGCGCGACGCAGACAAAAUCCAGGACAAUUUGCAACGAGGGGCGCGCACUCGUAGACUGGCACUGUGGC